AUGGUAAAAGGUGCCCCCACUAAAAACAGGGAUGGUGUUAGGUGGGGUCAUCAGGAUAACGGUAUCUUCAAAGAAAAUGGUGGUUUGACAGCAAACAUCAAAAAGCAAAAUGGCCGAUUUCCUCCUCGAUUCAACAACGCAAAUGCAGUAAACAGAAAUAUAUAUUCAGCAGAUUCAAACUCUAGGCCUAGCAAUUCUACUAAUUGGAGGUCAAAACCUGAUUUAGAAUCUGUCCCCAGAGAUGAAGAUAACUUGAAUGUAAUUGAUCAAGAUCGUUUUGAUGUUGCUGAUAUAAAAAUUGUUACUUCAAAUAAUAAUGCCAAUGAUAACAGCGAUGGUACUUUUAACAAAAGCUCAAGUUCUGCCGCUAACAAAGGUACAACUAAUUGGAAAAAUUAUCCAACCAAACGAGAGUAUAUAAAUGGAAAUGUUAGAAAUUACAGAAUUAAUUCUCAUUUCAAUAGCCAACAAUCUAGUAAUCAAAACAACAAGAUCAUUGAUAAAAGUAUUAAUGCUUAUAAUAACAAUAAUUAUAUAAAAGAUGAAAAUACUUUAAAUUCCAAUUCUCGUAGUAAAUAUAACAAAAACAUGAGCAUGGCUAACAGCAACAACUUGAUUAGUAACAAUUACAACAACAAAACCAAUAGUGGCAUUAAAAGAGACAACAUUAACAUCAAAAACGAUGAUAAUAGUAUUAACUUUCCGUUUAGAAAAGUUAUUGACAAUGAAAAUUGGGAUGAACUUGGUGGGGAUUUUAACAAAGUUGAUGAUAACAAUCUUUCUAGAAGUAAUAAAAAAAUUGUUGAUGAAGAUGAUGAUGAAGAUGAUGAUUUAAAAUCUUUACCCAGAGAUAAAUCUUUAAACAUAAUCAAAAGGCCAAAUGAUGAAAGCCAAAGAGGUGUAUUUUUUUAUUAA